CUAAAACAAACAAACAACUCGAUUACGGUAGGGUGUCAUCGGGACAUUUUCGUUCUUUUCUUUGCUAAAGAUUGGAGUUGUCACUUCGACAGUUUAAAAAUGGUGGCUAUGUUAUCAACAAUAACACCAACUAAGCUAACCCCAAAGAGUGUACCAGAAAUCCCUGAAACCAAACCUGGUUUCUUCUUUACAGGUAACUUCACUACUCUCCCUCUUCAUUUUCCUUCAUUUUCUAAAGCAAACCAUGUAAAGAAACUCUCAGGCGUUUCCCUAGCUGUCAAGAGUCAUUCAAAAUUUGAAGAUACAAUAACGAAUCAUGCUAGGAUUAAUAAACCAAGGAAAGGCAGUGUAAAGAACCCAUUGUUGAGUGAGGGAAGAGAGGAGGAUGAUAAGUAUGGACCUAUCUGCCCUGGGUGUGGAGUGUUUAUGCAGGAUGAGGACCCUAAUCGACCUGGGUAUUAUCAAAAUAGAAAAUUAACUCGAACAAAAGAACUGGUGUUAGAAUCUGUAGAGAGUUUAGAGGAUGAUGAUGUCGAGGGGUUUUAUGACGAUGAAGAAGAGGAAGAGGGGUUUGCGGAUGGAGAAUUUGAUGAAAGUGCUGGGGAGGACAGUCAGGACGGGGACAAGGAUGUGUUUGAUGAUUGGGAUUCUGACGAAUGGGAAGCUAAGCUUUUGGGCGCAGAAGAAGAUGAUUUGGAUUUGGAGGGUUUUAAACCUGCAGGUGUUGGGUAUGGUAACAUAACAGAGGAGACGUUAAAGAAGUUGAAAAAGGAAAAAAUUUCGAAAGCUGAGAAGAAGAGGAUGACUAGAAAUGCGAAAAAGGAAAAAGAUGAGGUUACUGUGUGUGCUCGAUGUUAUUCAUUGAGGAAUUACGGGCAAGUGAAGAACCAAUUUGCAGAAAACUUAAUACCUGAUUUUGAUUUUGAUAGGCUGAUUUCCUCCAGAUUGAUAAAAUCUAGUGGUAGUGCAAAUGCCAGUGUAAUUGUCAUGGUUGUUGAUUGUGUUGAUUUUGAUGGCACAUUUCCAAAACGGGCAGCCAAGUCCCUGUUCAAGGAAAUGGAAGGGAUAAAGAAUGAUGCCAAGCUUAGCAAGAGGUUUCCAAAGCUUGUUCUUGUGGCUACAAAGGUUGAUCUCCUUCCAUCACAAAUUUCACCUACCAGGUUAGACAGAUGGGUUCGGCACCGUUCUAAGGCUUCAGGGGCACCUAAGCUGAGCGGGGUUUUCUUGGUUAGUGCACAUAAGGAUUUAGGCAUCAGGAAUUUAUUGAAAUUCAUCAAGGAAUUGGCAGGUCCUCGAGGGAAUGUGUGGGUUAUUGGGGCUCAAAAUGUUGGCAAGUCUACUCUAAUCAAUAUGUUGGCAAAGAAAGAAGGGGUUAAAGUUUCAAAGCUUACAGAAGCUCCAAUACCUGGGACAACACUUGGAAUUUUGAGAAUUGGGGGGAUUCUGCCAGCAAAAGCAAAGAUGUAUGACACCCCAGGACUCCUACAUCCUCAUCUAAUGUCCAUGAGAUUGAACCGAGAUGAGCAGAAAAUGGUUGAAAUUAGAAAGGAGCUACAACCUCGAACUUAUAGGGUCAAGGCAGGCCAAGCUAUACAUGUUGGUGGCUUAAUGAGACUAGAUAUCAAUCAAGCUUCAGUACAAACAAUUUAUGUGACGGUUUGGGCAUCACCAAAUGUUUCUCUACACUUGGGAAAGAUAGAAAAUGCUGAUGAAACCUGGAAAAAUCACAUUGGUAUCAGGUUGCAGCCUCCUAUUGGCCAAGACAGGGCAUCGGAGUUGGGCAAAUGGGAAGACAGGAAAUUCAAAGUUUCUGGAAAAAGUUGGGAUGCAAACAGCAUUGACAUUGCUGUGGCUGGCUUGGGUUGGUUUUCUUUGGGCCUCAAAGGUGAAGCGACCUUGAUUCUGUGGACAUAUGAUGGGAUCGAGAUAACUUUGAGAGAGCCUUUAGUUCUUGACCGGGCACCAUUCCUUGAGAGACCUGGAUUUUGGCUGCCAAAAGCUAUAUCAGAUGCCAUUGGCAACCAAAGUAAAUUUGAAGCUCAGAAGAGGAAAAAACUUGAAGACAGUAUAGAAUCCCUUUCUGAGAUUUCUGCUUGAAAAGAAAAGAAUUCGUCCUCUUCCUCUCUGCAGUACUGUUGAGCUUGAAGUUUCAAAAGAUCAUAAAGUUGAAUGAGAAACAGACUCUUAUCUGAAAGAAAAUGAAUGAUCCCCUGCACUUGAAUUUGUCAUCUGGGUUUGGUGACCUGAGGGUGUAUUAUUUCCCAAAUUGAGAGAAAGAAAGAUGUUAAUGGCAGUCCUAUACAUUUUGGUGGAUCAUGUAACCGAGGGGAUUAGUUGACUCAUGUUGGAUGGGGUGUAUCUUUGUCUCUGACAUAUGUUUGAUCAUUUAAUUUUGCCAAUACUCCAUUUUUAAGGAUCGUCAA